AUGCGUAUUUGGGUGGCUUCUUUAGUUUUUUAUGGAGCAGUUUUUGCGAUUUGUGAACUUUUUCGAUUUUUGGUUGUUAAAUCUUUUGACAACCCAAAAAGAUUAUCAGCUCUUUUGAUACUCGAGGUAAGAAAACAUAUUUUUUGAAAUAAAAAACACAAAAAUAUUUUUUGCAGUUUAUUGGAACUCUUCAAAUAUGUGUUCCAAUGUUUGAUGUUGGCACAAUUCUCGAAAAUUAUGGACUUUUCGGAGUUUUUCUAGAAAUUUUUAUAAUUGAAUUAGCAAAUUGUUAUUUCCAAAGAGAUGCAGUUGCACAUCCAUGUCCUCUGGUUAGAUUUUGCAUAAAAACCUUGAGAAAUUAAUAUUUUUCAGGUCACAAAUUGUUAUCGAAAAUCAAAAGCAAUUCGACGAGGAAUUUAUGUUUUUUUGGUUCAACUUUCAGCUGGUAAUUUAUUAAUUUGAAAUUAAGAACUCGAAGAUUAUUUGCAGCUUAUCUCUCAUAUUUUAUUGCUCGUGUAUUUUGGUCGGUCGGAAUUCAUCCAGUUCAUACAGAAUUACUCGAACAAGAAACUUGUACAUCUGAUUUGACAGUAAGUAUUUCAAAUUUAUUAUUAUUUUUUGAAUAAUUUAGGUGGCAAUUACAACUGGUUGCAUAAUUGAAGGAGUUGCAACAUUUGUUGCAAAAGCUUUCGAAAAAUUUGUAGAUCAAAAAUAUGACGGAGAUUUCACAAUUUGUUCAGUUGCAAAUUGUGCUUUCAGUGGAUUACUGUGUGCAAUAGGUAUUUUUUUUUGAGAUCUCAAUUUUCAAUUACGUAUUUUUUAUUAAUUAGGUAUUAAUUACACUGGAAUGUAUGCGAAUCCGAUUGUUGCUUGGGCUUGUACUUUUAAUUGUCUUGGUGUUUCACACGCUGGACAUUUAUUUGUUUAUUGGUUGAGUCCUUUAAUUGCCUGGUUAGUACAUUUUUUUAAAUAGAAAUCUACUGUAUUUCAUUUUUCAAAUAGGUAUUUUGCUGAAACAGUUUUUGGAUCAGAAGAUGUGAUUGAUGAAGAAGAAGAAGAAGUUGUCGAAGACAAAAAGAAACAAUAG